AUGAAGAAAUCUGGGACUCGCGCAGAAUUGGGAGAACGUAUUCGCACCAUAUUGGACUGUCCUCAGCAGUUUAACCGAAUGCAUCCUUACGAGGGUAGGCAAAGAAAAUUAAGUGGCGGGUCCACAUGCUCAUCAGACUACUCUCAGUUAAGUCCAGAUUCAGUUAGUUCAAGCGCUGUUGCUUUCUCACCGUUUGUUUCACAUCCGGCCAUUCGCUCAUCGCGCGAUCUGCUGGUGUUCGAGAAACUCCGUCAUGUCGUUCCACAGCUCUCUUCGGAAGAGAAUCCUCUGCAGGCGUUAGUGGACAUCGUGACACAGGCCAUGGAUUUGGAUAGUCCGUCUCCCACAAUUAGUCCCAAACAUUCGUCUGCAUCUUUGAACAGUUUUUAUGAGCCUUUUCCGGUUCCUGAAGAUUUACAGAAUGUCGAUGUGACGGCUUUUAAGCAUCUCAUAUACUCUCAACCAAUACUCUUUGAUUCUCGUCUCUUUAUGUGA